UCAGGGAAAGCUCAGGCAGAAGGUGGAUCAGCUCGGACAUCACUUCUUAUUUUAGUGUCUAUCUUCUUAUCAGCUGCUUUCCUUAUGUUCCUGGUAUAUAAAAAUUUCCCACAACUUAGUGAAGAAGAAAGAGAAUGUAUAAAGGUUCCUAGAGAUAUGGAUGAUGCAAAGGCCCUGGGAAAAGUCCUGUCCAAAUAUAAGGACACAUUCUAUGUUCAAGUGUUAGUGGCUUAUUUUGCCACAUAUGUUUUCUUGCAAACAUUUGCUAUCCCUGGGUCUAUAUUUCUCAGUAUCCUGUCAGGAUUUCUUUAUCCCUUUCCACUGGCCUUAUUUCUUGUUUGUCUGUGCUCAGGACUUGGAGCUUCAUUCUGCUAUAUGCUUUCAUACCUAGUGGGACGUCCUGUUGUAUAUAGAUAUUUAACAGAAAAAGCAGUAAAAUGGUCAGAACAGGUUGAACGACACAGAGAACACCUCAUUAACUACAUAAUAUUUUUGAGAAUUACACCUUUUCUUCCCAAUUGGUUUAUCAAUAUAACAUCUCCUGUAAUUAAUGUGCCAUUGAAAAUAUUUUUCAUUGGCACUUUUCUAGGUGUGGCACCACCGUCUUUUGUAGCCAUUAAGGCAGGAACAACGCUGUACCAACUUACAACAGCAGGGGAAGCUGUUUCCUGGAACUCUGUGUUUGUCCUCAUGAUUCUAGCCAUCCUCUCCAUCCUACCAGCUGUCUUCCAGAAGAAACUGAAACAGAAGUUUGAAUAAGGAUCAGACUGGACCAGAAUUUCCCAUACUUCAUCUCAGGAUCAGCACUUCUGAUAUUUGUAUAUUUGCUUUUCUAUUGGAUCUUAAGCAAUUAAAGGAGAGGCUCGUAUUGAAAAGAAUGUCUUUGAAUGAACAUGUGGCCUAGAACUGAAGGAACUUUGUUCAGAAAUGUACUGCAUAUAGUUUUGUAACCAAACCAUCAGUGUUUAACUUUUUGAGGGUGUUUGUGUGGCCCUCAGGAUGAGGGAAGUGAAAACACAGAUGUAACAUUUUGCUCUGAUUACGUGCAGAGCAAAAAUUGUAAUGUAGACAUAAACUACAGAUAAUGCUUUCCAAAACUUGCAGGAAAAAACCCUUAAUUAUUCAGUCCAAUUUUGUAACAUUCUCUAUAGGCUUGCAUGUGAUCUCAUCUGAGUACAUUUCUCACCAACAACGUUUCUCUUCUUUUUUUUGCCUUUGGGAAUUCCAAAAUAAUAUCAUAAUACAAUAACGGUGCUCACUCAGAAACAAAGGUUUUUUGCAGUACUUUAAAUAC